GCGGCGCAACGCAUGCGUGUUAGGAGAGGGAGUAGAGUUUCUUGGAAUCUCUGCUAAUCUUCACAAUGGAAUGAAAUGAGCAAAGAAGGUAGAAACUAAACUGUUCCAGCGGCUCUCCUGGAUGACGGUGCCUGGUAGCUGUUCCUUUCUGCCCUGAGAAACUAUCUCAGGACUGAUAGAUGCUUAAAUGGAAGAGAUUCUACUUGUAGUGGGAGGCACUGACACCAAUUCAGCUGACCGGCUUGUUGAUUUUGUCUGAUGUCCUUUCUAAUGUUACAGAACAAAUCGCCUUGCAAAAGAAGGCUGCAGUAAUAUAAUAUCAGAUGGCCAAAAGCAAUUCAGAAAGUCAACGUCCCAUAGGAUGACGUACAAAUGUAGGAAGACUGGGGGUGGAAUAAAUCAUUUCCUCUGAUCUUGUUAGGGAUGAGAUUAUUAUAGAGAAGCAAAUGUAAUUUGCUGAAUAUUCUGGGAGGAAGAGAAGUAUGAAGCUCCUCUGAUUACCACAGGUAAAGAUUGAGUAGUACAUAGAAGAGGCCUCCUGCAACCUCCUAAUACCCUGAAGAUUAACAUUUAUCAUGCUGCGAUUCGGGCAGCACCUCAUCAAGCCCUCCGUGGUCUUCCUGAAGACUGAGCUCUCCUUUGCUCUUGUGAACCGGAAGCCGGUGGUCCCAGGGCAUGUCCUUGUUUGUCCUCUGCGGCCAGUGGAGCGUUUCCGUGACUUGUGUCCUGAGGAAGUGGCCGAUUUAUUUUGUACGGCGCAAAGGGUUGGCAAUGUGGUGGAGAAACACUUCUGCGGCACCUCGCUCACCAUUUCAAUUCAGGAUGGCCCCGAAGCCGGACAAACGGUGAAGCAUGUUCACGUCCAUGUGCUUCCAAGGAGGGCCGGAGACUUCAGCAGGAAUGACGAUGUCUAUGAGGAGUUGCAACGACAUGACAAAGAGGAUUCCCCUGACAAGUGGAGGACAGAAGAAGAAAUGGCAGCUGAAGCAGCAAUCCUGAAGAAGUAUUUUCAGGAAAAUUAGAGGUAACAAAGUGUUUGAAAAAUAUCCUGUGACAUAAGAAACCCCUCAGAAAGAAAGGCCUCAUUCUCCAGUUCUCAGUGGCCCUGGAGCUGCAGCUGAACAGUUUUAUUAUGUUCUACAAAUACAGGAUUCUUCCAUGAAAAAUUUUAUUGGACCUUUGGAUAUCAUCAAGGUUGCAUUUCAGCUAAGACAACUAACAGUACUGAUUCAAAAUAUUGCUCUGAGUAGUAACUCAUAUUUUUCUGAAUUGUGUACUUGGGAACGAAUCUUUUUAAAUUGUCCCUUGGCCUAAGUUGAAAUAAAGUGCUAGCAAAAUCAGAUAGCUACUGCGUUUAGGUACAUUACAAAGUGUUUACUCCAUGUUGUGCUUUUUGAUGUGGUUAUUGUAUGUGGGCUAUUACAUCAUAGAAAAAUUAGAUCUUUUAGCAGUAUGAUAAUUCAUAAAAACCAAGGCUUUGUUACAGGCUAGCCAAGAUAAACUUGGAGAGCUACCGUU